CGACCAUUUGGGAAAAAUUUUCAACUUUGGAGCACGACAGUGGCAAGCCUGGCAUCAAUGGAGUCAGUUGGUUUUAGAGACUAGUUCGGGGUGUACGUCAGGAUUGUAGUGCCGGUCGUUUCGAGUUGAAAGGAGGAAUUACAAGAUUAAUAAAGGAAAGAUUGUGUUUUUUGUAAUUUUGGUGUGUCCAUGACCGGGUUCAAGACCCUGCCUAUAAUCUCAAUCAUCCCUUGGGUCCGGUGCGUCAGGUCCGGUCCGGUAAAAUUAUUUCGGAUGAGAACAAUAGUAGUUAUUUACAUCGUUGGAUGAGAAGCGAUAGGCUUCCGGCGCCGGAGAGCGGAGAGCUCGCACAUGCGCAGACGACUUCUACUCACCACGAAACAGUGACAGUGACAGUAGGCAUUGACAGUAUAAGUAGCAGACGUGGUUUUGUAGUGAUUGUUGUCCUCAAUCAAACGUGGGAACAAGGGUGCAGUUUAAACUUGAAUUCAGACUUAAACCGUGAUCAUGAGCCUGUAUUUCUCAGUAAAACAAGAAAUGGGUUUGAGUUGGCAAUGCCUCAGUUGAUAGAUGAAGAAGGGGUUUUCAAGUUAGGUAAAGGUGAUGAGCUGUACAUCGCUUGUCCUGGAAGUGGGAAUGAAAUCAAGGGCUUUACAGCUCAGUCAGCAACAUCGACUUGUGUCAAAGACAAAACACUACAGCUACGGGACAAGGAGGUCUACUCAUCUCAACUGGAAUGUAAAAAGAAAGCAUUUACAACUUUAAAAGAGACUAAUAAUGAUUGUGGGGAUUACAUGGGAAAAGAAAUACAACUAGGAUUUGAAGUGGAAGGAUGGCACCCUCUUGUGACUCUGUGUUAUGACCAGACUCAAGCUAGAACUCUUCAUACAACUCACAUUCUAUAUGGCUCAACUUUACGAGGGGCUGAAAUCAAAGGUCACCAGACAUACUUCAACAAGGGUCCUCGGCAUCUCUACCAGGCUAUAGAUCCUGUGACAGCUUACAAGCAGGCCACUCAGAGAGAUACAUUGUCUCGCCUGCUAGGGGAGGACAGAGCCAACUACAUGCUAGCCAGGUCAUCUCUUGCAUACAGCCACCUCUCCCCAAAUGGGCCACUCAGAGAGAUACAUUGCCUCGCCUGCCAGGGGAGGACAGAGCCAACUACAUGCCACUCAGAGAGAUACAUUGUCUCGCCUGCCAGGGGAGGACAGAGCCAACUACAUGCUAGCCAGGCCACUCAGAGAGAUACAUUGUCUCGCCUGCUAGGGGAGGACAGAGCCAACUACAUGCUAGCCAGGUCAUACCUUGCACGCAGCCAUCUUUCCCCAGAUGGAGACUUUCUGCUGGGGGAUCAUGGCAUUGUCUCUCCUCAUUCUAAUAAACAAUGCCACUCAGAGAGAUACAUUGUCUCGCCUGCCAGGGGAGGACAGAGCCAACUACAUGCUAGCCAGGUCAUCUCUUGCAUACAGCCACCUCUCCCCAAAUGGGCCACUCAGAGAGAUACAUUGUCUCGCCUGCUAGGGGAGGACAGAGCCAACUACAUGCUAGCCAGGUCAUACCUUGCACGCAGCCAUCUUUCCCCAGAUGGAGACUUUCUGCUGGGGUCUUGGCAACAUCUCACCUACUUCUACAUCAACACAGCCCCAAUGUGGCAAAAAAUUAAUGGAGGCAACUGGCUUAAACUCGAGACUACCAUCCGCAACUUUGCCACAAGUGUAAAAGAAGAUUAUGUAGUAACUACUGGAACUUUUGGAGUAAUGGAGGAAGAUGACAGCAGGGGCUCAUCCAAGAAAAUAUAUCUGGAUCCGUCUCAGGAAUUGAUUCCUGUCCCAAAGUUGUUUUGGAAAAUAUUAGCAAAUCCUAAUAAAAACUCGUGUAUCGUUUUCCUUGUUCAUAAUAAUCCCUUUCUGAACAAGAAACCAUCUACAAUUUGUAAUAAUAUUUGUCAACAGUAUGGGUGGCCGACUGACAUGGAAAGUGUAGCAAAAGGUUUUACCUACUGUUGCACUUUUGCAGAUUUUAAGAAAGUUGUUAACUAUGCUCCUGAGUUGAGCUGUAAGAAUGUCCUUGAUAGUUUUUAACAAAUUUUGUAUUGUUUAGUGAUACAAUGUUAGUAACACAGUGACAGAUUUACUUAUAGCUGUGCCGAUGUCAAUAUGUAAUAGGUAGGUAUUGUCCGUUGCUCUUUUGUGAUUAAAAAAAGGGAAUAGAUAUACAAUAGACAAUAUUCUUUAUUCAUCCAAGUACAUUGUACAAUUGAAUAGGGUCAGCAAUCAAUUAUUAUUCUAAUGAUACAUGUUUUAAUAUUGGUUUGUUUAAGAGGUAGGUUAACAAAGUCAUCCAGCGAGUAAAUAACUUUGUUAAUUAAAUGUAUUCUUUUUUAAUAUUUUCUGGGAUUUUUUAAAAAGCUUUUUCACCAGCAUAUGUUGGUUUUUUUAGUCUGUAUUGAUUUCUCCUUAUAGAGUUCUAUUUUAUAGUGUUAUAAUAAUGAUAUAUAGGCUCGUGGGGGACAUCAUUAGGAAUUUUGUUUUUUGCACAUAAAAUGACGUCAGGAACAUAUUAACCAUAAUCCGUUAGUAUUUUUAACUGUCUGAAAUGAUCUCUGGCCGAAUAAUCUAUAUUCAAUUUCAGCAUUAAUCUUAUAUACCCCUUUUGGGGUCUUAACAUACAAU